CUUCAAUGAUAUGUAGUGCAGUCCUGGACUUGAAUUUGGUUUGUGAGUCUUUUCACCAGUGCCAGGUCUUGACUUUUUUAUGCUUUUGUUUGUGUUUCCCUAUGAGUUAUAGGGUAGUUGAGUGAAAAUGUGACCUGGGUUUUAAUUUUUCUUCUUUUUAAUGCCUUUACAAAGAUUGAGAUCCCUGGUUGUGAUCAAUGCCUGACCUGUUUAUUAUCUCAUAUAGCAUUUUAGAUAUUUCUUUCUGCGAUCAGGUACAUUAGUAGUCACACUCAGAUAGUAAUCUUGCCCUUCUGUAAUAUACCAUGGUUCACAUAGGGGACACUAGUCUCAUUGUUAUUGAUAAAGCGGUCUCUCUUUUUGGUUGGAGGUGUGGUGGGGUGUGGAAAUGUAAAGGGCCUUACAUUAGAUUAAUGGGGGAUUUGGGCAGCCAAAACAUCAAAAUGAGUACUCGAAGAAAUCUAUUAGGAGGGAUGUUGAAGGUUCAAGACUUGAAUAUCAUUUUGCGGAAUUUUGGGGAGCAAUGCAGAUGGCAGGAUCUUUCUCAGCUCUUUGAUUGGAUGCAACGGCAAAACAAAAUCAGUGCUUCAUCUUAUAGCAGUUAUAUAAAGUUCAUGGGGACAAGUCCUAACCCGGCAAAGGCAUUAGAAAUAUACAACAGCAUUCCUGAUGAAUCAACAAAAACUAAUGUCUUCAUAUGCAAUUCACUUCUUAGAUGCCUGGUCAGGAAUGCCAAGUUCGAUAGCAGCAUGAAAUUCUUUCAUAAGAUGAAGAACAAUGGUCUAACACCAGAUGCUAUUACAUAUAGUACGCUGCUUGCAGGGUGCAUGAAAAUCAAAGAUGGGUAUUCUAAGGCAUUGGAUCUUGUUCGGGAACUGAAUUAUAAUGGACUGCAGAUGGACAGCAUAAUGUAUGGGACACUUUUGGCAGUUUGUGCUUCAAAUAAUCGGUGUGAAGAAGCACAAAGCUACUUUAACCAGAUGAAGGAUGAGGGUCAUUCGCCCAAUAUAUUCCAUUAUAGCUCGUUACUCAAUGCAUACUCUUCCGAUGGAAACUACAAGAAGGCUGAAGAGUUGGUGCAGGACAUGAAAUCUUCAGGGUUAGUACCGAAUAAGGUAAUAUUGACAACUCUGUUAAAGGUAUAUGUAAGAGGAGGCAUGCUUGAAAAAUCCAGAGACCUUCUUGUGGAACUGGAUACCUUGGGCUUUGCAAAAGAUGAGAUGCCCUAUUGUUUAUUGAUGGAUGGCCUUGCAAAGAAUGGGCUCUUAGAUGAAGCAAGAUCAGUUUUCAAUGAAAUGAAGGCAAAACGUGUUAAAUCUGGUGGCUAUUCGUACAGUAUCAUGAUUUCAUCAUUUUGCCGAGGUGGCCUUUUUAAAGAGGCAAAGGAGUUGGCGGAGGAGUUUGAAGCCAAGUAUGAUAAAUAUGACGUAGUUAUAUUGAAUACAAUUCUUUGUGCCUACUGUAGAACAGGUGAAAAAGAGAAUGUGAUGCGAACAAUGAGGAAAAUGGAUGAAUUGGCGAUCAGUCCCGACUAUAAUACUUUCCAUAUUCUUAUCAAGUAUUUUUGUAAGGAGAAGUUAUAUAUGCUUGCUUACCAGACCAUGGAAGACAUGCAUAGGAAAGGCCAUCAACCUAUGGAGGAGCUUUGUUCUUCAUUGAUUCUUCAUCUUGGUAAAAUUAAAGCCCAUGCAGAAGCCUUUUAUGUUUACGGUAUGUUGAAGUCUAGCAGAAGGACAAUAUCAAAAGCCUUUCACGAGGAUAUUUUACACAUUCUUAUUGCUGGAAGGCUUCUCAAAGAUGCUUAUGUAGUAGUUAAGGAUAAUGCAGAAUUGAUCUCUCCUGCUGCAAUUAAGAAGUUUGCAAGCUCAGUUGUGAAGCUUGGUGACAUCAAUUUGAUAAACGAUGUAAUGAAGGUUAUUCAUGGUUCUGGAUACAAGAUUGAUCAGGAACUAUUUCAGAUGGCUGUGUCACGUUACAUUGCUGAACCUGAAAAGAAGGACUUGCUUAUACAAUUGCUAUCGUGGAUGCCAGGCCAAGGUUAUGUUGUUGAUUCCUCAACAAGAAACCUGAUUCUUAAGAACUCACACUUAUUUGGUCGCCAGCUCAUUGCUGAGAUCCUGUCCAAGCAGCACAUGACGUCAAAAGCCUUGAAAUCUCAGUAGACGAAGGAAAACUAUUACUGUUGGAGUUUAUCCUUUUCGAGCAUUUUUAACCAAGUGUGUUACAUUUUCCCUCUCCAUCUUUUGUGCAGAACUGUUCUUACUCCAUGGACAUCUAAUAGAUCUGACUAUACAUUCAUGUGACCAGAUUUAGAAAUUUUCCUGUUUUAAUGUAGCGAGUAAUCAUCACCAUCAAAAGGGAAAAAAAAGAAGGUAAUUAGUGAUCCUUAUUCUAUUUG